AUGUCAGACGUAGCCCUCCUGGAGGAGCUCAAGAAGAUCGACACGCCCACGGUCACCAACGUGGUGGCCACCUAUCCCGGUCACGAACUGUGCCUGGAGCUCUACCACCCCUGGGAGGCGAGCUGGUACACCGACAACCGGCUGUCGUGCUGGUAUCCGGAGCUGGGGCCGGUGGCCGGCUACGCGGUGACCUGCGUGUACGAGCGUCGCGGACCCGGGCUACUCGGCGCUGACCUGAUGGACGUCCUGGAAGCGGCGGACCGGAUCGGCAAGCCGUCCAUCUUCUGCUUCGAGCAGCGCUUCCCGCCGGAGCUGGCCGACAAGGUCGGGCUGGCCGGCGGCAACAUGACCUCCGCGCUGCGCGCCUGCGGAGCGGUCGGGGCGGUGAGCAACGGCCCCUCACGCGACAUCCACGAGAUCCGGCCCAUGAACUUCCAGUACCUGACCCGCGGGGUCUGCGCCGGCCACGGCCCGCAGGCGCUGCAGGGGGUGCAGGUGCCGGUGCGCCUGUCCGGCAUGGACGUGGCGCCCGGCGAGAUCGUCCACAUGGACGAGAACGGCGCGGUGAAGUUCCCGGGCGAGCGGCUCGAGGAGGUGGUCACCAACGCCAAGAAACUGCUGGAGCACGAGGAGGACCGGGUCGGCCGCCUGCUCGGGGCCCGCGGCAUCGAGGAGGUGCGCGCCAUCAUGGGCACGCACCAGUACGUGAAGAAGUAG